GUCUGAAGUGGGUGCUAGACACUAAGCAGUACAAUGGCUGUGAGGUUUCCUCUCUCUCUAUCUUCAUUCCUCGAGGGUCGCACGGAAGCUAGGGCAAGCCCACUGUUAGCCAAGGGUGCACCAAGGUUCAACUGGGGGGUGCGGGGCGCCUCGAGCCCUCCAACUCUCGAAUCGACGCCUCGACGCUCUGCAAAUUAUAGGCCCAAUCUUUGGGACUAUGACACCAUCCAGUCCAUAAGGACUGAAUACACGGGUGAGUCGUAUAAGAUCCGAGCCGAGGAUCUAAGGCAACAAGCCACACUUAUUUUUGAGGCCACUGAUGAUCCAAUGGCUCAGAUGGAAGUCGUCGACAAAAUCGAACGGCUUGGAAUUGGCUACCUCUUUGAGGACCAGAUCAAAACCGUUCUUGAUGCCAUUUACACCGAUAACAUCGGAGGGUCGUCAGGCAAUGAUCUACAUGCUGUGGCCCGUCGCUUUCGAAUCCUAAGGGAACAUGGAUAUAGUGUUUCUCCAGGUACUCCAAACACACUUUCUCUAUCUAUAUAUCUCUUUCUCUCUCUCCCUUCCCUCUCAAUCUCACUCUCCUGAUACCCAUACUUAUUU